CACACACAGUUGCAGUAGCAGUAGCAUUGCCACUGCCACAGUGCCACUUAGUUUAUGUUGUAGUCCUCGCCGAUGUCGUUUACUGCAGCCACUGCGUUAUCCAAUUUCCACAGAAAACUACGUCGUGGGGAUGUAGCGCCUCACGUUGCCCAUGAGAUUAAACUCCUCACGAGUUAAUCAAUUGUAAUCCCACAUUUUGAUACCAUUCUGCUCCUUAGCUAGCAAGCUAGCUGCUACAUUAGCAGCGAUGGAGUGGCGGAGCAGCAACGACGGGCAGUCCGACAGUGAGUCCCCCGAAACGGACGCAUGCUGCCCCCACCAGCAGAAAUUGUUACCUCAGCUCUGCGGUUGUGCCGAGGCAUCCUCGCACCAGAACCGGCAGCCGGGUUGCUCGAUGACCUCCGCGGUGUCCGGCUGGAUGCUGGCCGAAGCCCAGGACCGCCUUUGCGCUUUAAGGUUCCACUGUUCCGAAUCCCUGGAGCAGGAACACGCCCGGACUCGUACGAGUCCCAAUGAGCUGACGCAUAGCGAAGAGGAGUGGCGCCGCAAGGAGAGCAUGCUGGGAGGUCAGGAACCCAGUCGAGGGCCCGUGCUGGGUGCGGAAGGAAGUUGGGAUGUUUUUGAUAAAAGUAUCAUCAAUGUCCAAAAUGAAAGAGGAGAAGCAGAACAAGGCAAAGCAACUCUGCACAACUCAGAGCAAGACCUCAGACAUUUUGGAAUGUUGCGGCGAUGGGACGACAGUCAGCGAUUCCUUGCAGAAAAGCCUGAGUUUAUCUGCGAAGAGACGGCCAACUUUCUCUUUUUCUGGUGCCUCACACUGCAGCAAGAAGGGAAGGAAGCACUAAUGGAGCAGGUUGCUCACCAAGCUGUAGUCUUGCAGUUCAUACUGGAGAUGGCGUCAAACUCUCGACAGGACCCCAGAGGCUGCUUCAGGCAAUUCUUCCUAAAAGCCAAAGAAGGACAAGACGUCUACUUGGAAGUCUUCCACACUGAGCUCGAGGCCUUCAAAUGCCGAGUGAGAGAACACGCCCCCAAUAACACGACCCGUCCGCCCAACAACGGCACAAACUACAGACCCGGCUCCAAAGAAGUGACAGAGUACACCUCCAAGCGCUGUUUAGAAGAUGGACUGUUGAUAAGCACGGGGCGGUGGACAAAGGACGAGGCUACGGAAAGUGAUGAUACACGCAUGAUGGAAACCUCUUAGGAAACCCGGCUGCCUUUCUUCACCUUCUGCCCAUUUUGAAGCCCUUCGUAAUGACAGCGAAACACAACGGGCAUAGAGAUGACCGCUAUUAGCUCUAGUUCACAUCUCCGAUGCCGCAAUUGGUCAUCGGAACAGACAAAAAGAAAAAAGGUGAGUUCUGUGCUACAAGGGUUCCCUAUAAAUUAGAGAUCAUUCGGCACAUGUGGAUAGUAAUCAUUCUUUCAGAAGUCAACUGAAGAUGGUACAGAGCUAAAAUAUCAUUUUGAAUAAAAACCUGUUAAGGUUUUUGGUAGGACUGAUCAAAAACAUUUUUGAAUCCAGCCCAAAAAAAAUCCACAGUGAAGAGGUGAGGGGAAAUUUGUAGUCACACCGGAAUGUAAUUGGGGAGAGUUUCAUUGAAGUCGGAGACCAAAAGCAAAUAUAUGGCGGAAAACACAGACAAGGCUGAAAAAGCAGUUUCUGCUCUUUCACCCCUAUUUAAAAGAAACUGCUGUACUUUAAGCCAAAAGACCUGUUGUGUUUGAUAGAAUAAUAUGUCUAUUAUCUGCCAUAGCAGAUUCAUGGCGCAUGAAGCCCCCGAACUUUUUCAUUUGUCCAUUUUACCCUGGACACCCCAUUUACAGACGUUGCGCAGCUGCUUUUGUUUCAACCCAGCCAUAAAAAGAAGGUAAGUAAUUUAUUAUUCGAAAUUUCUGUCAUUUUUAGCUCAGAACCAUUAAUUGACGCUUAAUAUUUAGUUUAAAAAAAAAAAAAAAAAAAAUGUUAAACUUUAAAAAACUUGCAUAUUUUAAACUUUUAAACAAAUGACAUCAAAAUGAAAAAAAAAAAAUGGUGUCUGUAAAUAAGUCACAGAUAUCUACCUCAUAACUGUCACUUAAUUGUAUUUUUCUUAGCUAUUGUCGCAUUUUCCCAAAUAUUUUAGAUGAUAAACAAUCGAUCAAAACAAAGAAAAUUUUGAGAGGAAAAAAAUUUUUUUUGAUCGGAAAUAGGUAAGUACGCGGUAAUAUCUCGUUAAAAUCGUGGCAUCUUUAAUUAUGCUCUCGCGUGCUCUUGCCUCCAGUUAGGGUUUUGCUGUUUAAAAAAAAAAAAAAAAUUUUUUUUUAAAUGCUCUCCUGUUCAAAAUGUUUCUUCCCUCAGAAAAUUUAGAUUUGAAGCUUUCCAAUGAUGUAUCACACAUGCAUAUAGGACAAUUUGGCCAAAUUAGGGGUCUCAGAGCGGAACUUCAAGUCACCUGAGUGUUUUCCGUCAUAUACAUUAUCGAAAUAACAGAAUAAAGAACAACUAAAUGGGCAUCUUUACAAGGUUGUUUUGUUUUUCAACCCUAAGCCAUAUUAAAAAUGAUUCAGUUCACUAUAGCCUAAACAACAUUACUUGUUUAACCUUCUCUCAAUCACUACCAAAUCCAUUUCAUCUUCAGUAUCACUUCUGAACAAUGCCGCCAACUCUAGAGCAACCUUCUCUAGGCUGUCAGUGUGUUGGGUUGGUGAAUUUCGUUUUUAAUGUGUGUUUAGGCUUUUUUUCCGUUUUCCAGGGACCUCCGAGCCUCACUUGUUUUACUACCGAACACAUUUUUCUCGUCUAAGUAUGGUCAGAAAAAGGCACCGUGACACCCAAGCCAUGCAUAUUUUUCCUGUGUUCGUGUAGGGUCACAGUUCACGUUUACAGUAGUGACACCAGCCAGCCCUACUUAUUUUACAACCAGACUUCUUUUUCCCGAUGGCGGACUUUGUAUGCCAGUCACUAGCCCCGCCAAACUCUGGAAAAAGUACGAUUUAUAGUCCCAAAAAUAUGGUCAUUGCAUACUGUAAAUCGUUACUGGCACCUGCUGAAACCUAUAAUGGAUCAUUCAACUUAUUUGAUCAAUGCUAGUACUAUUUUAGCCAACCCAAUAAGAAGUAUUCCAGAUGGCAUCUUUAAUACCCAUACACUUAUGUUAGAAAGACUUUAACAUCGGCGAUAGACUCUCAUAGGGUCUAUCAAUGUGUAUGUACGUGGCCACAAAAUGUGGCUUUUUUGUGUUUGAACAUUAUUUUCUCAAUAUCAGAGGUCUAAGAAAGUCAUGGUUUGCAUACUUUGACCAACUGCCUUUCACAUGAAGGUCUUGUCUUUCCCUUGAAUUGGUCAUCCUUUACAUAUGAACAAAAUGAAUGAUUUGAAUAUCAACAUCUCCAGUUGACUUUUGACAUGAUUAUGGAAAAGUGCAGGAAUGUAAAGGGCUCAAGUCUCUUCGAGUCGACGUAUGCAGAAAGGAGCUUUGCAUCCGAAUGUGUACUGCACUUUAUAUUUAUUUUUAGUUGCGUUCCUAAUCAUGCGCAAUUCUGAACACUGUUUUUUUCCUACAAGCAGGCUUAUGAUAAGCUUAUUAUUUGAACCGUCUGAAGGUUAUUUGUAUUGGAAUGACUUUGUUUGCUCAGGCUUCCAGCUAUCUAUUUUCCAGAUAAUAAAUUCUAUAGAAUCAUUUCAGUGUGUUUAUUUUGAAGUGUAGAUGGUGCAUUAAAUGAUAUUCCAUGACGAAAAGCCCUGUUGUGUUUAUUUUCAUCACUGUACUCUGGGAAAAUUCCCUCCGUUUUCUGCAAUAAUAAGUUCACGUGCGAGUUGCCGACAGGCAGCAAACACCCCGGACUAGUCUUUAGCCAAUUUUACAACUCCAAAAGACAAUCGUUCAACUCUCAGCGAUGGCUCGGCCUCCGAUAUAUAAAUAUGAAAGUGUGAAUUUCUUUCUCUUUGAGGUUGACCAAUCUUUGUCACAGGGUGUUCGGCACAGAUGAACGUAUUGGCGAAACUAAGCAACUAUUGAGUUGACGCGUGGUCGGUUACAUUUAUGCUAGAUCUUGCACACUCAUAGGUCAACCAAGUUAUUAGCAUCAACGUUUAUUUUGUAUUCAAACUUAAAACACAAUUUUGUUCAUGCCCGUGAUUACGCGAGGAACAUCUCCAUUUCAAGGCAGCUCUUAAUACAAUGACGGCACCAGACAAAGGUCCUGUAUUGUGCUUCUCCAAACAAUUGACACUUAAACUGUAUAAAAUACAAUUAUUAUACAUAUAAUAUUCUGGAGCUCACAAAUUGUCAACAUCCAAGUUCUACAUUCAAAGGCACUGGAGUGAAUUAUUAUGGAAGAGCAUUGCACGUUCCCUUUUAAUAGUGGUUUACGUCAUGAGAAACGCUUCUCAUGCCAAACUAUACAACUUUUUUUUUUCUUUCUUAGAUUUAAGAACAUUUUUUACUUGACGGUCGGCUAAAUAAGACUCGUUUGUGCAAACUCUAACUGUCUAAGGCACAAUGUGGAAUGACAACAGCAAAAUUCAGUGGUCUGUGUAUUCAUAAAUACAGUUGUACAUUCAGCUGCCGCUAUAAAAGUUUCUGAUUCAGCACAAAGAGCUUUUUGUGGAGGAAGGCUUCAACGUGGGGCCAAAUCUUGUUGGUUUCUGUCCCAGAAAAUGUCUCCAGUACACCUUUACUCCUGCAAAAGAAAUAGCUUUAACAAUCAUAAUAGGGGUAUGUCACUUAUUUUGUUACAUUGUAUACAGUGUAGAUGGGCAUUUCUGUGUGAGGGCCACUUUUAAAUUCUGAAACAGAAAGGUCUUAUUUUAAAUAUUUGAACUGUGCAUGUCAAAUAUUUGGAUUUUAGUAUAGCACAUUUUUGGAGCUGUGGUCGCCAUUGAAGUCAUAUAGUUGAAUUCAAAAGGGACAGCAUUUUAAUGAUCCAAGCGUCUGUGUUUUUAAGGACGCCACACCAUACCACACCAGAGAACUUGGUGAAAACCCAGCAAACACAAAAGCAAUAAAGUCAUCGAUAAUAGCAGUAUAAAAACUGCAAUCCCAGGAAUACAGGAAAUAAUUGUGUCGUUCGAAUUAAUGGUGAGUAUAACAUGUUUUUUUCCUCCCCAUUUUAAUACCUUUAUUCAAAAUCUUCACCUUAAAACAAUGCACCUCUAUCUAAAUUCUAAUUAGCAAUGGUUUUAUGAUGAUGAUGAUGGCCAGUUUUACCCAGGAAUGGAUUAUGCCUACUACCAAUAUUAUAAUAAUAAUAAUUUUGAAAGGGCUAAAAAGUAACAUAAUACUCCAGAAAUAUGAUGGCAUUGCCAAAAGAAAAGUAUAUGGCAGAAAACACAGACAAGGCUGAAAAAGCAGUUUCUGCUCUUGCACCCCUUUUAAAAAUAACUGGUGUAUUUUAAGCCAAAAGAACUGUUGUGUUUGAUAGAACAAUCGGUCUAUAUGCUGCCAUAGAAGAUUCAUGGCACAUUAAGUCCCCGAACCAUUUUUAAUUCGUCCGUUUUACCCUGGAAACCCUCAUAAAAAGAAGGUAAGUAAAUAUAUUAUUCACAAUGUCAUUUUUAGCUUAGAAUGAUGAGUUCAAAUCAUGGAGAGAAAAAAAAAGUAAAUAUUUGACAAAGAAAAUCUUGACCACUCCUUGAUGUCUGCGAUUUCUGCAUCGCGACCCUUGUUAUAUUACUGUGUUUCACCCAUAAAAUCCCCAAAAAGUCCAUCUGUGGCCAUUCGCAGCUGUGUCUUGACACUCGGUGAGACAUGCUACGUGGAGUUUGUGGAUCAAAACAAGGUAAGUACGCGAUAAUAUCUCGUUAAAAUCUUGGUGUCUUUAAUUAUACUCGCUCAUGCUCUCACCUUGAGUUAGGAUUUAGGGGUUACAUUUUUUUUUUUUUUUAAAUGCCCUCCUGUUCCAAAUUUUUCUUCCCAUGGAAAAUAGAGAUUUGAAGCUAUCCAAUGAUGUAUCACACAUGCAUAUAGGACAAUUUCGAAAUUUGGCCAAAUUGGGGAUCUCAGAGCGGAACUUCAAGUCACCUGAGUGUUUUCCGCCAUAUACAUACUGUACAUGUUUUAUACUCCACAGCACUCCCGGAUAAAGUACUGUAAUCAAUACUGUAACAUGUUUGUAACUUUUGUUGAAAAAUGUCCAAAUUCGCCACUCUAUAUCGGCACAUUGUCUAAAUCCGGUGACUCGUCCUCUCUCAGGUGCAAAAAGAUGGGAUCGGGACAUCCCUAAUAAGAGCAUGUUGGGAUUUCUACUACAAAUAAUAUGAUCAUGAUUGUUCACCCAUAACAAACUCAUCCUUAAUGGCCCUCGCUCGAUGUCUGUGCACUCAUUUGCAUCAAGCUAAAAGUGAAAAUUUCACUUGCGUUUUAUUGUAUGACUGAGAGCAGUGAUUUCAUGCACCAUAAAUGACAAUUCCUAUAUCUGAACGGAAAAAUACAGUCCAUUUUUGGGUCUUGAUAAAAGGUCAACUAUGUUUCUGAUGGCCUUGAGGAAUGAGGAAAACACUUGUGAGGAAUGUCCACCAAGGAGCAAAAAUGUUAGCGCUGUUGAAAAUAGUAGGCAAUACAUCUGGCCAUUUGGACUCAUUUAUUUCUCUGUGCGGUGUCGCAAAGUGACACUCGUAAUGUUGUAGCUGGUCUGACGUGCAACACCUUCAAAAUAAAAAAAACCUCACCACAUCUACUAAUGAGCUUGACUUCAUCUGUUAUUUCUCUGUCUACAGUUUCUAAUACAGUUCUUCACAGCAGUUGUGUUUGAAUAAACUGAACUCAUGGUUUCAAUACUUGUGAUUUGAAAACAAGAUCUUUUUUAAACAGCUUUCAGUUCUUCUCAUUUGAAUUCGGUUUUACUUCCUGC